CCACAAGUGGUUUGCCAACCGCCAUUAAAACAAAAAGAAGAAGAAGAAGGUUAGGACUGAGGUCAGUGUGAGGGGGCUAACGUAACUCGGCAGUGCGAAUUACAAGAAGUAAGAAAAAGCAUGUUGAGCAGAAUUGGACAUGUUCGCAGGUGUGCAGCCGGCUUGAAUCCCUUGCUAGGCAUUUUGGCCUCCAGGCAGAAGCACACACUUCCAGAUCUGCCUUAUGACUACGGUGCACUAGAACCUCACAUCUCAGCUGAGAUCAUGCAGCUUCACCACAACAAGCACCAUGCAACAUAUGUCAACAACCUUAAUGUUACUGAAGAGAAAUAUCAAGAGGCUCUGGCCAAAGGUGAUGUAACAGCACAAGUGGCCCUUCAGGCAGCACUGAAGUUUAAUGGCGGUGGUCACAUCAACCACACCAUCUUCUGGACAAACCUGUCACCGAACGGUGGGGGAGAACCACAGGGUGAGCUGAUGGAGGCCAUUAAGCGUGACUUUGGCUCAUUCCAGAAGAUGAAGGAGAAGAUGUCUUCUGCCACUGUGGCAGUUCAAGGAUCAGGCUGGGGAUGGCUGGGGUUCGAUAAGGAGAACGGAAGGCUGAGGAUUGCUGCGUGUGCAAACCAAGAUCCUCUGCAGGGAACCACUGGUCUCGUCCCGCUGCUGGGCAUUGAUGUCUGGGAACACGCCUACUAUCUUCAGUACAAAAACGUCAGACCUGACUACGUUAAAGCCAUAUGGAACAUUAUAAACUGGGAGAAUGUUAUUGAGCGCUUUCAAGCUGCCAAGAAGUAAAACCAUCACAUCUCUGACGAUAAUGUAGUCUUCUUCAAAACGCACAAACACCACAUUAUUAAUGUCAAAUUCCAUAACCGCUAGUACAAGAAGAGGAGGUAUGAUUAAAAACCAGAGCUGUUUUGUCCGAAUCUCUCAGACUCUCAAGUCACCAAAAUAAUCAGUUUGUUUUCAGUAUGUGUAAUUAAACCAUUAUUUAAACCAAAUUGGUAGUAAUGUGUUUUUGCUUUUUAAAAAAAAAACAAAAAAAAAACGGAUGAGUUGAAGUGUAACAUUAUUUUGGGAGAUGGUUUGAAAGUGCUCGUGAUCUUUUAUGUGAUGUGUGUACAAAAACUGAACAUUUGGAUUUGAUCAUCACUGCAUGCCUCAGACCCAAUUAUCAUGAGGAAUGGAAAAUGGACCACUUUCAGUAAAUGAUGUCAUACGUCCUGAGUUAUGACCCAUACGUAGACCUUUUGUGAUUUAAUCAUACAUAUAUACUGGUGAUACUCGACUUCUGUAGUUAAAACGGAUUGCUUUCUGGCACAAGGAACUGAUCAUCAGCAACAUUAAGGAAGGGAAUAAAAUCUUGUCCGUGAUGUCAGAACUUUGACAUUGUUUUUCAGUAACAAUAAGUUCACUAAAGGGGUUAGUGAUUAUUUAUUUAUUUAUUUAUUUAUUUAUUGAGAAUUCUAUAAUACCUCCCCCCCUCUUUUUAUUUAUAUUAAUAAAACCUGCUUAUUAAUGUUCA